AUGGCGUCGGGUACGUCUGGCAUAGAGCAUUCAGCUGGUCGAUAUCCGUCUCUACUUUGGCAGACAGCGCUGUUUGAUUGGCUACUGCACAAGCUAUCGACCGGAGACGCUUUCAAUCGACCCAACGGGUGGUGCGAGGACAGGCGGAUUUGUACCAGGCGAUAUACACAAGCGAAUCUGAUCGGCUUCGUCACUGGCUUCCUUCAGCCAUAUUCCCUCGUCCAUGCGCAGUCGCUCUAUCACCUUGGCGGUCAUAUCGCAGGAGUUGAAUAG